AGAGCCGCGUGCGAAUCGAAUUUUGAUUUUCGUGCUCGAGUCUCGAGCCGAUUAACGACUUUCGAGCGCGCCCAUCGAGUCGGUUUUUCACCAAUGAGAGCAGUAUCGGACACUCACUGGCAGGUGACUUAUCGGUGGACAGUGCAAAACUUAUUUUAUCCAAGACAAAGAGAGAGGUAAAAGAUUCAGCUAGCCGACUAUUUUGACAGUUGAACGAGCAGAAGAUCAAUAGAAUAGAAUAUGAGCACGUGUACAGCCAAAUCAGAUGAUCCUGCAUUUAACAUCGCCAAACAGGCGACGCAUCAGGCACUCUGUGUUUCCUACGGUAAGAUAUUCGAGCGUACGACGGAGGCUAAGUUCGUGUGCACCAUGUCACUGGUUCACGACGAACUCGCACUGAUGGAGGGCUCGUCCAGCUGGACCCACCGCUGCUUCACGACCGAGACCAAAGGCAAGUACUGCCUCACUUGGCGAAUGGUCAUCAAGAUCGAGCGCGAACGCGUCAAAGUCGAGCUGUCGCUGCUGCACCCCCUAGACACGGCGCUACGCGUCCGGGCCCAGAUUAUCGUCACGGAGCCCACCAACGGCAGCAGGGAUCAAGAGCUCGAUCGGACCCUCUUCGACGAGGCGUACCACCGCGACUCCAUCGAGCCACCGUCGCACGAUUCUAGCUACGAGCACCGAGGUGUCCUGCCGGACUACUGCACGGCCAAGAUCAUCGUUUUGCACGCGGAGACGGCGCCCCAGUUGCCGUCCAAGCUGACCUCGCGAAUCAAGACCCUCUUCACGUACGGCACUCUGAGCGACGUCGUCUGCAACGUCCAGAACUCAAAGUUCAAGGCGCACAAACUCGUGCUGGCGGCCAAGAGCGACGUGUUCGUCGGCAUGUUCGAGCACGACAUGCUCGAGAACAGCAGCAACGUAGUCAACAUCGACGACAUCGAGCCCGAGGUCUUCCAGAAGCUGCUGGAGUUCAUGUACACGGAGGAGCUGCCCGAGAUGACGUUCGACAACUGGAGCAAGCUCAUCGUGGCCGCCGACAAGUAUCAGGUGGACGACCUGAAGCGACUGUGCCAGGAGGGCCUCAUGCGCACCUACAGCGAGGGCACGGCUGUGCGCCUGCUCGUACUCACGGACCUGCUCGACUUGUGGGAAAUCCGCGAGCCCGUCUUGGACUUUAUCAUUAAGAAGAAGGAGGUGAUAGCCAACACGCCCGAUUAUCAGGAUAUGAUCAAGUCGCAUCCGCACUUGCUCGACGCUCUUUUUCGACGUGUUCAGCCGCGAUUGAUGCUGGCUCAGCGACCCUCCCUGUAACGUAUUGACGAGCUACCCCGCACCCUGGAAUAUCGACCCAGCUCGCAUUUUCAUCUCUCUUUCAUGAUUAUUAUUACAUUGACUUUUUUAAAAAUGUAUAUUUUUAGCGACCAAUACUCUAUCCAAUAGUGUGGAGAAUCUCACGUAUUUGGGAUUUAUAUAAUUUAUAACUGAUUAUAAUGAUCCAACAUGUUUACAUUUACAACGCUGUCCAUUGAUAUUGUAAUAUUUUAAGUGAAUAACUUACGUAUUAUUCAUG